AUGACCUGUGGAAACUCUCCAGUACGACUCAGUAUGGGUACAUUUGUGUUAAUCCUUAUGGGCACACUAUUGUCGAUGAUCAUGACACUCUGCUUCUGUUUGAAUUGUGUGUCACCAUCCGGAAAACCUGUAGACUGGUAUAUAAUUUACAAAGUUCCUAAAGCUACGAGGGAAAUGCCAAUUAAGACAACGGGAGAAGAGUUUUAUUAUCUGGACGCUCUCAAUCCUGUCUUUUCCUAUAUAAAAGACAAUAUACAGGAGAAGCAAAAUAAUCCUUUAUUUAAUACUCUUCAGCAAAUAUAUGACGGAAAAGCACAGGUUUACGCCAUGUACAACGACAAUCCUCCACCCCACUAUGAAUAUGGAAAUACGACACUUAUAAACCAAACAUCUCAAUGGAUCUACCAUAUUGGUGCUCAUAUGAAAGGUGCUUAUGCCUUUGAUGAGAACGAUGGAUUUUGGUUAAUUUCAAGUAUACCGUGCUUUCCAGCUCCACAAAAUCAAGGCUAUAGUUACACAGACCAUCAGCUCAAAUAUGCACAGAGCGUCCUAUGUGUAACCCUUGACAAGAAGUAUCUUACAGAAAUGAAGAAAACAUUUUAUCUCACAAAGCCUAUAUUUUAUGAUGGCAGUAAACCUGACUUUCAAAAAUUACAUCACAGCAGCAAAACAGAUAAAACUUCUACUGUCGUUCCUUUCACGUCAAAGGGAGAGCAAAAGUUUUUAUUAUUUGCGAAAUCAGAUUACUUUGGAAGAGACCUGUAUGAUUCACUUGUUGCUGUGAAACUAGAAGACAAUCUCUUUGUGGAGACUUGGAAGCCAAAUCUUCCAUCAAACUGUUCAACGCAUUACGAGGUUCAUAAUGUAAAGAAGGUGAAAUUUGAUAAUGAAUCAUACUGGUUUCCUUCAACAAUGGAUCAUGCGAAGUGGGCAGUAGCAGAGCACAAACCAUGGACCUGUAUUGGUGACAUCAAUAGAAAUGAAUCACAACUUCGCAGAGGAGGCGGGACAAUGUGUUUAUAUCAUAAAGGUGUAGCCAGCCUGUUUAGAGAACUUAUAAAAUUGAAAGCCUUUGACAGUGUUGACAGGGAGAGAAUAUGGAAACUUCUGCGACAUUAUGGAGUUCCUUGUAAACUGUUAGACGACCUAGACUUCGCGGAUGACCUGGCACUCAUGCAGGCACAAAUGCAGGAGAAAAUUACAACAGUGGAAGAAACAUCAGCACAGAUAGGACUCAACAUCAAUAUUGCAAAAACAAAGAUCCUAAGUGCAAACACACCAUCACAUGCUUCAUUAAAUAUAGAAGGAAAGGAAAUAGAGGAAGUAGAACAUUUCACCUACCUUGGUAGUAUACUGGACCAACAAGGAAGAACGGAAGCGGACAUAAAAGCAAGAAUAGGAAAGGCCAGAGUAGCAUUCCUGCAACUUGGAAACAUCUGGAAGACCAAGGGAAUUACAACACGCACCAAAGUUAGGCUUUUUAACAGCAAUGUUAAGGCAGUGCUUCUCUAUGGUUCUGAGACAUGGAGGAUGACCGUUACCACAACAAACAGGAUCCAGACAUUCGUCAACUCUUCAAAAAAUCAGAAUGUUAACACCUGUGUCACCUCUGACGGUUACUCUAUUUACUACAGUCCUGGAACUCUAUUUCUGUUUAAACUGUGUGUCACCUUCAGGAAAACCAGUGGACUGAUAACUCUUCCAAAAAGGUAUAUAAUGUACAAAAUUCCUCGUCCUACAAGAAGAUCACCAGCAAACACUACCGGAAAAGAGUUUUAUUAUAUGGACUCUGUAAAUCCAGUCUUUACAUUUAAAGAUGUCAGUAUACAAGAAGAGAAGGAAAACCCCUUGUUCAAAACUCUUCAGCAAAUAUAUGAAGGAAAAUCAUCGGUGUAUGCCAUGUACAAUGAUGAACGUCCAGAUCGUUACACAGUUUGGUUUACAGCAAAGGAAAACAGAACAUUUCAGUGGGAGACAAACGGUGGUGCCCACAUGAAAGGCGCCUAUGCUUUUGAUGAGAACGAAGGCUUUUGGUUAAUUCUAAGCAUACCGAAAUUUCCCGCUCCAAGAAAACAAGGCUAUAGUUACGGUCAAUCACAAAUCGCAAAGGGACAGAGCAUACUAUGUGUUACUCUUGACAAGCAGUAUCUCAGGACAGAAAUGGAAAAAAUAUUUUAUAUAACAAAGCCCACAUUUUAUGAUCGUAACAAUGUGGCAAUGAAGACGGGGCAAAAAUAUAUCAGCUCUUCUGCUGUGGUUGGCUUCAAAUCCAAAGGAGGACAGAAAUUUCGAUUCUUUGCCAAAUCAGACAAGUUUGGAAUGGACCUGUAUGAUUCACUUGUUGCAUUGGAUCUGAAAGACAAUCUGUAUGUGGAGACUUGGUACCCAAAUCUGAAAUCCAAUUGUUCUACAAAGUACAAGGUUUAUAAUGUAGAAAAGGUGAGGUUUGGUGAUCAUUACAAUUUCCUGUCUACAACAGAUCACUCUAAGUGGGUGGUGGCAGAAAGUAAACAAUGGACUUGUAUUGGUGAUAUCAACAGAAAUACGUCACAGUUCAAAAGAGGAGGAGGAACAAUGUGCUUAAAUCAUCAGAAAGUUUCCAAGCAGUUUAGAGAAAUUGUGGGAGAAUUUAAUAAAUGUUAAAGAACAGGACCUGUCCUCUAAGGUCUUCGGGAUGUGAAAUUUUUCAGUCAAGAAAGAUGUUACCAACACUCUCAAGCUUGAUAUACAGCAAAUAAUUUGAGAUUGGAGAAAUGUCAGUGUUUCUAAUGGAAAAACUGUGCAGAAUUAUUUUCAAUAUUUUGCAGCAUGAAAAAUUCAGAUAACUAUGAUAUUGUGAUAAUACUAGUUCAAGAAUAACUUAAAG